GCCAUAUCUCCUCAACAAGUCACAGAAGCCACUCACCUGGGGUCUCAGCAGGAACUGACAUGCCAAGGAUGAAGCUAUCUAUUGCCAUCAUAUUUUGUUUCUUGGUCCUGGGAGUUGACAGCCAAGGAUGGUUCCAGUUCAUGAAAGAAGCUGGUCAAGGGACUAGAGACAUGUGGAGAGCUUACUCUGACAUGAGAGAGGCCAACUGGAAAAACUCAGAUAAAUACUUCCAUGCACGCGGGAACUAUGAUGCUGCCCAAAGGGGACCAGGAGGAGCCUGGGCUGCUAAAGUGAUCAGUGAUGCCAGAGAGGGUAUUCAGAGAUUCACAGGACGUGGAGCAGCGGACUCAAGAGCUGACCAGUUUGCCAACGAAUGGGGCCGGAGUGGAAAAGACCCCAACCACUUCCGACCUGCUGGCCUGCCUAGUAAAUACUGAGUGUUGUCUUCAUGCUGUUCCCAGUCAUGGGUACAGAAGCACUUACUCGAUUGAGUUAGUUCCUAAACUCCGGAUCUGUAACCACCCCAAAAUGUUAAAUAAAUACUUGUGAAAUGCCA